UUAAUAUGAGUGCUGUACAGUAUAUGUGUUUCAGAGAUGACCCCCAUGACACUGACCAUUUCAAACAGCACAUACCCAUCUGUAAAUAGUGAUGGAUAUCUGUCAAAAGAACAAUGGAAUAUCAUCUUCAUUUUUGUGGUAUACAGUAUUUACACUGCUGUUGUUGUUUCCCUCACCGUUUCAAUUCCUGUGCAGGACUCAGGAGGAAUAUUCUAUAUCUGCAAAAGAAGAAAGGGCACCUACAGGGCAGAGACGACCCACAUUAUGACCCCCAUUACACUGACCAUUUCAAACACCACUUACCCCCCUCUAAAUAAUGAUGGAAAAAGAACAAUGUCAAAAGAACAAUGGAAUAUCAUCUUCACCAUAAUGGUUGUAUUUGGAUCUCUUCUGUGUUUGACUGUGUCAGGAGGAUUAUUAUAUUACUGCAAAAGAACAAAGAACACUUAUAAAGCGGCGGAGCCGGAGGAGUUGGUGUAUGCAGCCGUGACCAUACACAAUCGACAGGCGAAGCAGUCAGACCAGAGAGAGAGGCAGGAGGAGACGGUGGAGUAUGGGGAGGUGAACGUCCAGAGAGGUCACACACCUGUGGACCCUGAUCAGUGCUUUUCCCUGGCUCUGUAUGCUGAGGUGAAGACUAGACACAAUAAAUAGCAAUCUGAAAUGCACCUUGUGUAAUCAUCUCUCUGCUCUUUAUUGCCUGUUGACAAGGGCGUAACUUUAGGUUCCUCUUCAUGUUCUAUAACAAUUAAUAUUUAUGAUUAUUGGAGGUGUCAUAUUG